AUGCGACUGCUCUACAAAAAUUCCAGGGGUCAAAUCGUUUUAACCCGGAAGCUCUAUCGGACACCAUCCGACCCGUAUGCUAUACUGUCGCAUACCUGGAGUCUAGAAGAAGAUGACGAAGUCAAUUUCCAGGAUGUUACUGCCGGUCAUUGGAAGGGAAAACUUGGUGCUCAAAAGCUUGAGUGGUGUGCCGACAGAACUAAGGAGGCGGGUCUGAAGUAUUUCUGGGUCGAUACCUGCUGCUUCGACAAGACCUCAUCUGCGGAACUGAACGAAACUAUUACUUCUAUGUAUAGGUACUACAAGAACGCCAAGGUCUGCCUCGUCUAUCUCGCGGACAUUGACAAUCCUGACCGGUUUAAAGGCUGUAAAUGGUUCACUAGAGGAUGGACUCUGCAAGAACUCCUGGCACCCAACGAUGUUCAGUUCUUCACGCCCAGAGGAAAGUACCUAGGUGACAAGAAAUCACUCGCAAGCCAGAUUCAGAGGAUUACUGCUAUUCCAGCAAGUGCCUUGUCCGGAGAAUCGCUCUCCAAGUUUACGAGGAAUGAGCGCCUAGCAUGGGCGAAGGGACGAGAGACUAAGCGCACAGAAGACUGGUCAUAUAGUCUUCUCGGAAUACUUCAGGUUGACAUGUAUAUCAAUUACGGUGAAGGAAAUCGAGCCUCAACUAGGCUCAAGGAGGCUAUCAAGGUAGCCGACGAGAAGGGCAAUCCGAAAAACAGGAACAGAGCGGCAACUCCGACAACUUCAAAGACUAAAGCUAGUACCGGUAAGAUCACUGUUCCGAAAGCUACGGAAAGGCCAAGAGUCUCGAGCAAUCAGAACGUCAAGCAAAAGGCACGCAAGUCGAGUACACCAAGACUUGAUCGCGCGUUGGGUGCUCGAGCUUCACUUCCGAAUGGAGUCGUGACAGGUUCCGGACACUCACAGAUACCUCAACGCGAUAGAACAAAACAAGGGGCUAGACGGCCUGAAAGUAGGCAAAAGUCACGAUCACGAGUUGACUCGAGCAAAGAUACGAGAAGGAGUCUCACUAGUCAACAAAAGUCUAAUACUCGAAACCUGAAUACUGCAGGCUCGAGUCCGAUGAAAAAGCCGAAACGAAGAUUUCUUUGUGUCUGA